AUGUAUGGCGCGGACGGCCGCUCCUCGGCGGGCGUCGCUGGCCCCCGCGCACCCCCGAGGGUCAUGCUGGUAGUGAUUAAGAUCAUCGAGAUUAUGUCACACGAGGCCCUGAGCUGGCAGCCAUUACCGGUCGUGUCGCGGGGACCAAAGUCUAUGUUGAGACUCCUCGAGGCCGCAUCCAAGGAGCCUAUUGAAUGCAGCUCUGGAGUGCCGGCGGGAGAGGCAGCGGGACACGGACUCUGCGUAGGAAAGUUUGAAGUUUCACAAGAGGGCCAGCCAAAUACAAUGGAUGCCGAGUUGUCCGAAUCCUUGCAGCAGCUUUCCGGGAGAGCGAAGUCAGCCCACGCCCACAUCACCAAUCUCAAGACGUUUCAAGACAGAGUCAAUGCUCACUGCGACGCUCUGGCGGCGGAGGUGGAGCGCCAGUGCGCGGAGCUGAUGGAGGCCGUGAGCGCAGCCAGGACCCGCCUCCUCGCACAGCUUGCAGCCGAGAGAGAAUCUGCAACCAAAGUUUAUAGAGACCAGGCUGCCGGUUGCACGCGGCGUCUGCACCAAACAACGGCAUUGGUCCAGUUUUGCAUCGAAGCCAUCAAGGAACCCGAUCCCGCCGCCUUCAUGCAGAUGGGACCGCAGCUGAUCGGGCGGGUGAGUGACCUCGACCUCACGUGGGACAAGGAGCUGGCCUCGUCCUCCACGCGUCUCAGUCCUUACAUCGACCUUGACAUCGAGCACAAGAACGCCCUCAGAGCUGUCAACGCCUUCAAUUUCGUCCAGAUGAAACCUCCCGGCACCCCUGAGUUCCUGGUGGAGGAGUGUGUGGGGGAAAACAAUAGCGUUACCGCAACGUGGAUGCCGCACCCGACCAGCAGGGUGGCCGGAUAUGUGCUCGAGAUUGACGACGGGGAUGGAGACUUCAAGGAGGUCCACCGCGGGCCGGAGACCGUGUGCACCGUCGAGGGCUUGCAUUUCAACACAGUGUACCACCUCCGCGUCAGAGCCUACAACAUUUCGGGCGUCUCACCCGUCUCCAGUCCCGUGCCAAUAAGAACUUCGGCGACCGCCUGGUUUUCCCUGGACCGCACGCUCUCUCACCCGGAAUGCCGGCUGAUCGCGGGCGGCGCGGGCGUGACGUGUGAGAGCUACGAACACCGCGUGGCCCUCGCCUCCGUCGGCUUCUCACGCGGGCGGCACUACUGGCAGUUCACGGUGGAUUCCUACGAUGCCAAUGCCGAUGUGGUGUUCGGGGUAGCACGGCUUAAGGUCGAUCGAGAAGGCAUGCUAGGCAACGACGUCCACGGCUGGGCGAUGUAUAUUGACCACCAGAGAUCUUGGUUCCUUCACGGGGCCGCCCACCAUGGUCGCUCUGACGGGGGCGUGGGCGUGGGCUCUACCGUGGGCGUGCUGCUUGACCUCAACCAUGGGACGCUUACCUUUUACGUGAAUGAUGAACAGCAGGGCGACGUAGCGUUUACGGACCUCGAGGGAUUACUCUACCCGGCGGUGAGUGUCAACAGGAACGUGACAGUCACCCUCCACACGUCCCUCGAUCCUCCGCACUCCGAUUAUGACAGCCAGUCGGAUACAUGAGUCCCCGUCGCUGCCUCUCUCGGAAGCACACACCUGUAGCCUCACGUGUAGCAGCCGUCCCACACACCUGCAGAAAAGACCGGUUACAUAGUGCUGUAGGGUUGAGAUUUUCGUUACGCAAGAGGAGGGGGGGGGAAGGGCAGAGUACACAGCUGUGUCUGCUCGCGUGGAAUAAAAGAAAAAGGGAAAAUAAAUGGGAAGUUAAGAGAAAAGGAAAAGGAAUAUUUAUUCGAAUCCAGAUUGGGGAAAAAAGAGAAUUCGAAUCCAGAUUGGGGAAGAAAAAAAAGGAAGUGAAUAGAAUAUUAAUCCAGAUUCAGGGAAAAAAAAGGAAGUUGAUAGCAUUCUAAUCCAGAUAUGAAUGAAAUGGGAAAUUUUACCCAAGCCGGGAAACAUACAGACUGAAGUGUGGGUGAGUGCGUCCAAGAACCUAUUUCUGAAUUUAAGAGAAAAAGAUAAAACAGAGGAGCUUUUACGGUGGCUGGUUAGACACAUGUACUGCCUUCGUUAUUGAGGAAUUUAACUUGUGCUCAGUAAGUAGGGUAGUAGAUUAAGGGAGA